UUCCGCGAUGGUCGCGAGGCGACGUGCGUUCUCUUGUGCGAAUGUUACUGCUGUGUAUGCUGCGUCCGUUGUUGUUUGUACGAUUCCGUUUACACAACUUCACGAUUAUUGUCGUCGUUGCUGCAGUGGUGCCCGGUCGACUUGAGUUCGAAACCGUAUUCGGAUCACUAUCAAGCAUAUCAGUCACCUCUGUUGUAUAGAUCGGAUACUACCAGCAUUCCUAUAUUAUUAUCACCACGAUCUUUAAACGCCGUACAGAGUUAUUAAACACUGUAUUUGUUUAUCACUUUUGUUGUCAUGUCUUACUCGGUUACCGGGAGCGGUGGCGGCGGUCAGAUUGCGGUCGCUGCGUUACAAUCACAUGGCUGUUCGAUCCCGAAUACGCCUGAUGUGAUCAACUCGAUCCUGUCCAUGACAGACCCAUUCCAACUUUUUUCCGGUAACGUGACACUCGCGUCCGAAGACUCGUCCGGUUCAAUAUGUUCCCCUGUGUCGACAUGUUCCCCAAUAUCGACGUGUUCCCCAAUAUCGACGUGUUCCCCAAUAUCGACGUGUUCCCCCGUAUCACCGACGGCUAGGAUACAGAACACAUGUAAUAGUCUCAAGGUUAAGGAGGAGCUGAAAAUGGUCAUCCGGUCUAAGCAGAAGAACGCAGUGACGGCAACAGUUACAUCGGCAUGCGCCGGUAGAAGUCCGGUGGAUACCGGCGGUCCGAACAUUUCCGGUGCGUGUGGGAUGAUCGUGGCGGCUACCGCAUCAGCUGGUUUGGCAGCAUCGUCGCCGGGCGGUGGGCACGCGAGAAAACGGCGGACCGAUGAGGAAUCUCAUGGCGACGACGACUACGACGAUGACGACGGGGAUGAUGUAUCAUCGCAUGGCGAAGGACUCACGGCCGAAGAUGAAGAACGGAGGAAGCGGCGGCGGGAACGCAACAAAAUAGCGGCGACCAAGUGUCGGCUGAAAAAACGCGAAAAGACUACGAAUCUGAUGCAAGAAUCGAACGUGUUGGAGACGAAAAACUACGACCUAAAAUCACAGAUCCAAGAGCUGGAAACGCAGCGAAACGAACUGAUGAAGAUGCUGUCGGCGCACCCUUGCGCGAAAAGGCACCCCCACCAACACCAACACCAGCCGCACCAGCCGCACCACCAGCAUCAAUCACAACACCAACACCAACAGCAGUACUCGGUGGAACCUUAUGCAAACGACCCUUAUCGUCAACACGGCCACGUGGCCGUUGACCCGCCUGUACUUAAGGACACCAUGUUCAACGGCGGCAAUAGUUACGUGCCGGUUCCGUCGGUGGCCGACCAACCCGCCGACGUGUACCACCGGCCGAUCACUACGACGGCCGCGUCCAUGGCCACCGUCCACUAUCCAAUCGUCGGCGUCGGGGGUGUCGGUAAUGUUUACACGUCUUGCGUGGACGAAUUGUACGAUUACAAUAAAGACUUGAUUGCCGGCGGAGGACCUCCCGACUUGAGUCAUCAGUACUACGACCACGGUAUAUGUUGAUAUUAUAUAAUCUAUGCUGAGGAUUUUUUUCACGCCCACCCACCAAAGUCCGAUUUUCAAACGUCGAAAUUUCAUCAUGAUAGGUUUUUACGAUUAGUUUCAUUAAAAAAAAAAAAAAAAAAAUAUUAUACAUUAAACGCGUAUACCGUACAACAAAGUCUUCGAAAUUAUAUGAUAUACCUAACUAUAAUACGCGUAUUUUAAUACGCACUAACGCAGCAGCUCACCGCCUUCCCGAACGUGUGAUGGAUUCGGACGAAAAACAUUUUUACACCGUUAAUAUAUUAUACUUUAUUAUUAUUUUACUGUUAUUGAUAUUCUUAUUUUAUUUUUAUUAUUAUUGAUUACGAGUAAUAGAGUUACCUAGAUAAAAUAUAUGUGAUUACAUGGAAUUAUUAAGUGCUAACAUAUACGUAUAUAUUAUGUCGUAAUAUGCGUAGGAGUAAAUAUAUUAUAUUUUUAUAUUCAUAAUCGUAUAUUAUAGUAUUAUACUAUUAUUAACUAUUGAAUACGAGUGGUGGUAUUGUUUAUAUUUUGUGCGGAGUCUGCACAUGUCUGUUUCGAUGUAAUUUAAGUAGGGUACAUGCGUAAUAUCAGUAUAUUCGGUAUACUCUUAUAUAUACGACACGGGGAAUAAAAUAUAUUAUAAAUUCCAGCAUCGAUCACUAUUGAACACGAAUAGUCGUUGAAUGCAACCAAAGAGUUAAAAUUAUUAUACGUACGUUAUAUUUUAUAUUAUCGGGUAUGAUAUUUUCUAUUUCCUCCGUGGAAAAUCCACCGUUAUUAUUAUUAUUAUUUUAAUAUUUAAGAUGUAUCCAUAUAACAUUGUACUACAGAACUGUUUUGUAUUAUUUAUUUAUUUAUUAUUAAUAUAAUUAUUUACUAUUA